AUGGAAGAAAUAAUGAACACGCUGCGAAAACAUGAGAAGGAGGUGAGCAGUCUCCAAGGUGAAGUGGUACGUUUGAAAUUAUCCCCUGCCACUUCGAAAGGUACGAGUAACUACUGUCCAAAAUCCGGCGUGUCUCUCACUCGUGAGUCCGAGCGUCGGCUGGACAGGAAUGAGCACCAACUGCAUGAAAUUCAACUGUCAGAUCAUGAUAUGCAGAUUCAAAUUCUGGAGGCUACAUCGUAUAAUGACACCUACGUUUGGAAGAUCGACCGCUGCAGCUUACGCUUCCAAGAGGCUGUCACUGGAAAGACUUUAUCUAUUAACAGCCCUCCUUUUUAUGUAGGACGGUUUGGGUACAAAGUUUGUGCUCGACUCUACCCCUUUGGAGACGGCACUGGCAAAAGAACUCACGUGUCAAUGUUUUUUGUCGUCAUGAGGGGUGAAAACGAUGCUUUGUUACCUUGGCCGUUUCACCAAAAGGUCCACUUUCGAGUGAUCGGCCAAGACAGCAUCCGGGACGCGUAUGAUGCGUUUCACCCUGAGCCUACCAGCUCAAGCUUUAAAAGACCCACGUCAGACAUGAACAUAGCAUCUGGAUGGCCGGUUUUUAUUUCUCAGAAGGAUCUAAGACAAGGUGGCUAUAUUCGGAAUGAUACAGUUUUCAUCAAAAUAACUGUAGAAACCACUGGUCUGCAAGGAGACAUAUGGCAGUAA